CGCAGGCGGGCAGUUGCAAAAAACUCGAGCACCCCUUUCAGUUUUGUGUGUUUUCGGAGCGAGAGAGUUCAGACUGUUUUCUGAGUAUUUGGAGUGUCUUCCAAGCCAGAGGCCGGAGGGUGGAGCAUCUCCUCCCUCCUUCAGAUGCAGCAGGCUGCAGGGGAUCGGAGCAAAUCGGCGUAACGGAACAGGCAGCGGACAUCGCGAGUCGUCGUUCCGGCGGAGCGUGGAGCGACGACAGGCCCAUGGCGCUAGACCUUGAGCGGCCGAGUUCCGUCCAAAGCCGCUCCUCAUCACCCCAGGAGCGGUCCUCACCGGCUCAUACGGGCCGACCGAUGGCCCCGGAGGCUCCUUCUCAUUCACUCAAAUUUUCCAUCGAAAAAAUCCUCUCCCCGGACUUUGGAAGGAGGGACACCACCGACAGGGAAAAAGGACAUUCCAAAGAGCCCACGAACUCCAGCACACCUCAGAACGAAAAUGCAGCUCCUGGACGAUCGGCCGACCGUCCGGGAGGUCCAGGAGGUCCUGGAGGGCCUGGUACCCCAGGGGGACCCGCAGGCCUUAUGUGGCCUGCGUGGAUAUUUUGUACCAGAUACUCUGAUCGGCCUUCCUCUGGUCCUCGCAGAAUCAGGUCCAAACAUCCUAAGAAGGACAGCGCCGGUCAAGACUUUACAGACGACAACGGAAGUCCCAGAUCGAGACGUCUCAAAAAGAAAGAAAAGAAACCCGAUGAAAAACGGCCUCGAACAGCUUUCUCGGCAGAGCAACUUUCACGACUGAAGCAAGAGUUCCAGGAGAACCGUUACUUAACAGAAAAGCGAAGAAUGGAUUUGGCUCGAGAUUUGAAAUUAAAUGAAAGCCAAAUAAAGAUAUGGUUUCAGAAUCGACGAGCAAAAUUAAAAAAAAAUAAUCCUACGAGAAAUCCUUUGGCUCUUCAACUGAUGGCUCAGGGACUCUACAACCACAGCACCAUUCCCUUGAGAGACGAUGACGAUGAUGACGAAAGGCCCAAGUCGUCAUCGUCCUCCUAAGUCGUCAGUAGUAAUCGCCUUCCUCUGCGUUAGCAACAGAACUUGUCCAAAUUAAGACUACAAUUAUCCAGGAUAUUUGUAUGUCAAAUCAUAUGACGGAAAAAAAAAAGUUUCCGUUUUAAAAUGGUGUCCUCUGCUUCUUCUGAUAAUUUUUGUCAGAUUUUUUAUAAUUAAAACAUGUAUUACGUUAUAUACCUUUAAAAUAGUUCUGCUGAUUUUCUGCUCUUCUGCUGGUUACAUAAUGUUCGUGAUAAUCUGUAGAAAAUAAGCCACAGAAGCUAUAAAUAUGACAUUAUAUGAAAUACAACUCAGAAUUUCAUAAUAAACAAGGUACUAAUAAUAAUUCAGUAGCCAUUCUAAAAAUAAGAUUUGAAAUUUCUAGUCGCUGUUAUCUAGUUAUGCACUAUGCUUUAAUCUUAAUGUUGAAUGACAAAUUAAGAAUUCUCCAAUCAUUCGAGAAAUAUAAAUUCUGAAAUCGGAAUAAAUAUUGCAUAUGAGCAAGUUAAAAUAAUCGUUUAAUCACAGAAUCUUCAGAUUAGCUCAGAGAAGCCAUAAAUAUUUAAAAUGAUCAAAAUAAUUAUUUCCUUUUUGUAGAUCCUUGACAUAAUUCUCAUGCUUUUAACUGCCAUUUUUCACCUAAUUCAUGGCCCCAGCGCCCGACUGUGCAAUGAAAAUGGAAAUCCUUAAAUACCAGAAAAGAAUUCACCCUGCGAUGCGUCGGAGGGCGAUUACUACUUCUAUCGAGGGGACUUUUGUACAGUAGCUUUCAUAGGCUGACAAACGAACUCUCAGGUCUCUGUGAUUACCCACCGCGUCACUUGCACUUCAAUAGAAAACCACCGCACGGCCUGGUGCCGAUAAUGCCUUCGGGAGAACAAUUUCUGUACAGUUCUUACUUUAUAUGGAAUGUCAGCUAAUUCCCUUGAAUUUCCUUUCCAUGCAAAUUCACUCCCUGUGGUUAUUCUAGGGAAUUUUGGUGACUGUAGAUUUCCGAAGCUAUUACCAAAAAACUUUAUUGCAAACCAGGACAAUGUCAGUAUAACAGACUAUUUUUCAUUCAAAACCUGAUGGUGAAUGUGAUAUUUCAUGACUGGUCUCUGCAUUUUCCAAGGCUUCUUCGACUUAAAUUCCAGACAUAAUCGACUCUUUUAUUUAUUCUUCGUCAUUCUGUCGGUAUGCACAUUACAUGCCCUGUCAAGCCAGUCACUGUAUUUAGCCCGUAGACGAAAGUUAUUUAUGAAGUACCAUAAGCAUCGCCACCACACAUCCUAACUUGUGCCGUUCCACGACAUUUAUGUUCAGAAGUUCCUUUGUAAAGACAAUUAGUACCGUUACCUUCCAGAGGCUUUACGAAAUCGAGUUUCGGUGUUUCCUAAUAUAGACUGAUUAGACAAUUAUCUCUCCCAAAGAAUUUGAAUUCUUUAUCUACGUGGACCGUAGCUAGUUAAGAAGGAAUCUUAGGUAUAUUUCAUGUACUUCUUUUUACAUUUUCCUUCAACGGGACGAUUCUAGGUCUUCCAAAGAUCUGAUUUAUCAACCGAAACUUACGCUUUAUCUUAAUACAUUGAAAACGAGUAUUUCAGGGCCUAGUAAUGAUAUAGGAGAAUCCAUUUUUUUCACAUUACGUUUUUCUUCCUACCGGUUCCGUUAGUUAAGAAGUUAUCUAAUUAUUAAUUACCGAAGUUCAGUUAAUUAAGAAAUAAAUGCUGUAGGACGUAUAUUAUUCGUAACAGUUCUUACUUUUAUGUAUAUAUCUACCUUACACUGAUUUCUGAAGAGUAACUAUUACGUCAGUUUUUCUAGAGAAAUUUUUUAGUUAGUUUCUGUUUAGUAAAGCUUAUGACAACAACAUAAUCUUCAGUUCAAUUUUAAUUUUAAAAAUAAGCAUUGAAAACAUCCUAGAAUCGUCACAUAUAUAUAAAAGACUUUCCAGUAUUAGUAUGCUAGUGAAAAAGCUUUGAAUUAAUAAGUGAUUAAACUAAAAAAAAUUGCUUUAUAAGUAUUGCUUUCAAAUGUUUAAUUGAUAAAUAUGUGCUUCAGAUUCUUACUUAAUGUAGCUACGGUUCUUCUUUUCUUCAAUCACUUUUUUCGUUAAAAAUGGAAAAAGAACUUGCAUCAUGGCCUAGAAAAUAAGUGUAUAGAACUUUAUUAUAGAAAAAGGGAGAGUAAUCAGAAAAUCUGAAGCAUUGACGACUCUGAAAAUAUUUAUUCGAAAACUAUUUAGACGAUAAAAAUCUGAUGUUUCACAAGAUUAGCGAAUCAUGAUUUUUUUUUUUUUUUCCUGAGAGAAUUGUUAAUUUACUACUGUUUCAUUUCUAGUGUACAGAUAAGAAAUUUUUAUGUGAUCUGGAAUAAACUUCUCACAAACUCA